UAACAGGAAGUUCUGCUCCAGUCCAGAAACUGUCAAUCUGAGUGUUUCUCCUAUAUGCGGUUCUAUGCAGACUCAAGGCUGACUGUUAUAAUGAGUGAGAGAGAGGUGACAGUGACCUCUGGUGGUUAAGAAGUUAACUUGUGGCAGAUCACUCUCAGUUUGGCGGAUAACAGAAUAGCAGGCUUGUCACAAUCUGCCACGGAUCAUAUCAUUACCAGAAUGUCAAGUUCAUGACUUAAAGCAGAACAUACUGAAUUUGUCUUUAGGUGGAAGGAUCCAAAACCAACUCACUACUGUAAACAAACAUGCUUGGAACAAUUUGCGGAAUAAUAUUUUUCAUUGCCUAUUUGCCGCAUACUGAAUGCCAACGUUAUCAUGAAUUUGGCAUGAUUGAAUCAUGCAGUGGAUCAGCUGGUACUAAUGAAGUUCUCUUCGCUUAUGAAACUGAAGUGGCUGGAUACAUGGAUAUAGAAGAGGCAAAACUAGUUAUCACAGUACCUGAUAUCGCAUAUAGUAUUCCUGGCUUUGAUACAUUACCCCUACAAGAUAUUAACCAUGUUGAUCCUGGAUUAACAUCUUUGUGCAAAGAUGCUUAUUUCAGGAUCCUCUCUCUUAAUAUAUCUGAACCUCUUGAACCUCCCUGGACCUCAAUUUACACCAGGAAUGAUGUGAAAUUACAUGUCAACAAUACCCUGAUUUGCCUUGUUUCUGGAUUCUACCCUCCACCGGUCAGAGUCUCAUGGACUAAGAACAAUGUGGAUGUGACAGAUAGAUCAACAGUCAGCAGAUAUUACCCAAACAAAGAUCGGACACUGAAUGUAUUUUCUCGACUGAGUUUCAUUCCAGAGGAAGGAGACAUUUACAGCUGUUCUGUGGAGCACAAAGCCCUUCAACAACCUCAAACCAGAACAUGGGAUGUAGAGAUAAAGGAGCCCAGCAUCGGUCCAUCAGUGUUCUGUGGAGUUGGUCUGACUCUUGGGCUGCUGGGUUUGGCCACUGGAGCAUUUUUUAUCGCCAAAGGGAAAAAAUGGAUAUAGUUAUACUGAUGCACUAAGAGUGCCAUAUUUGUUGUUAGUUAUGUUGUUGUGCACAGAUCCCAUGCAAAUUUGCAUUGCAAAAUAUGACAAAAAUACUGUAUCUUCCACCUGGCUAAUCCAGAUCUGCCUCAUAAACUGAUGCUCAUCUUUUAGUAAUAGGCCUACUUUUUGCUGUGUGUGUGUGCAUUGAAAAUUAUGUUAUUACAUUUAUUGAUUAAUACUGUAUGAUCAGCUGAUAUAUUUAUUUUCUUUUGGUCUUUCAGUGAGUGCGUUUACAUGCACGUUCUUAAGCCGAUUAUGCUUAAUAAACCGACAACGAAAGUGUUCAUGUAAACGCGGUAAAUAUAGUCGGGGCUUUUAGAAUAAACCGGUCGGAACAGUUUUUUUUUUUUUUUUUUGCCUCAAACGCAUCCAGACAAAGCGAGCGUUUUGCUGGAAAGGAAGAAGGAAAUAUCACAAACGCAGACUCUUUCAAGACCCCGAAAAUUGUAAAAAUGUGUUCUCAUCUCUUGUGCAGCAGACGUAGAAGUGGUUCAGUCAAAACACUGCAUCUGUAACUCCACGAGAGAAUAAUCUAUAUGAGCCGGAAGUUUCUCGCUGACAUGUUGCAAGCUUUAUUUAACAUCACAGCUGACACAUACGAAAUAGCCAUGGUCAUAUACGCAAAUGAUUAUUUUUUGAUGUCACAACAGGAAAUGAUUCCGAUUUUUGAAAUAAAGCCAUGUAAAUGCGGUUAACUUGUGUUGUCAGGUAACUGGUUUGCAUGUGGAAAACUGGUUAUUUCGCGUUGGUUAUUUCAAUAAUUUGUGAGAUAUCAGCUUGCAUAAACAUGCUCAUUGAUACAGACCAUUCUUCACAGUAUGCAAAUAGUACCUAUUAGGGGUGUGACGAGACAGGUAUCUGUUCUAUUCUCUUGGGCGCCCUAGGCAAGAUUUUUUUUGACGCCCCCUUAUAUUGCGAUUUAUCCAAAGGGGCGAAUCUAGAAAAUUAUUUAUAGGGUGGCAAAGGGGUGGCAUGAGGUCUAUGAGGGGUGGCAACACCAAAGCAAGCUCUCAUGCAUAGUUUUUGGAGCUUUAUAGCCUUACAUACACAA